CCCCUCCGCUCCCCAAGUCCCAACGGUCGAAUCUGACCUGGCUCUUAAACCCUCUUCCUCUCGCCCCCUCCUCGCAUCAUCCUCCCCUUCCCACAAAUUUCAAAAGUUCUCACCACCUAAUCCGAUCCAAGCUCCGCGCUAAUCGCGCAAAGGGGAAGGAAUCCGCUCGAAUCAACCGACCGAUUGAUCAAUCGAUCGAUUCGAUCCAGGAGGAGGAGGCGAAGGGGGUUCGUCGGCGGAGGCGAUGGAGGAGGACCCGCUCAUCCCGCUGGUCCACGUCUGGAACAACGCCGCCUUCGACGACUCCUCGUGUUCCAGAUCGGCUUGGCUCCCCCAAAGCCCCGCCGUCGCGGCCGUCCGCAAGGGCGACAAGGAGAAUCACCGCCCCGAGGUUGUUGAUGUCGCCGCCGGCUACGACGUCGAGGCCGAGAUCGGCCACAUCGAGGCGGAGAUCCUGCGCCUCUCGUCCCGGCUCCACCAUCUCCGCGUCUCCAAGCAGCCGGAGCCCAACCGCGACGACGCUCCGAUGGGGGAGAUGGUCGCGAAGGUGAGGCCCCGGCCGAGGGGCCUCAGCCUCGGGCCCCUGGAUGUGAUCUCCAUCGUCAAUCGUGAGAAGCAUCCGCUGCGCACCAAGAAGCCUCCGGCGACGCGGGGCAGGGGGCUCAGCCUCGGGCCCAUGGAGAUCGCCGCGGCGAACCCUAGGGUGCCCGCGGCGGCGCAGCAUCAGCAACAGCAACGCGCUGGCACGGCGCGGAUCCUGAAGCCAAUCAAGGAGCCUCCGGUGCAGCGUCGCAGGGGCGUCAGCCUCGGGCCGUUGGAGAUCCACCACGGCGUCGGCAGCAAGGCACCAGCGGCGGCGCGAGCCAAGCCGUUCACCACCAAGCUCAACGCCAUUCGAGAAGAAACCCGACCCUCCAAGCAAUUCGCCGUCCCCGCCAAGCCAUGGCCGUCGAGCAAUACAAGGCAGACACUGGACUCGAGGCAAGGAACAGCAGCAAGUCGAGCGAAGGCGAGGAGCCCGAGCCCCAGGCCCAGGAGGCAAUCCAAUGGCAAGGCUACUGACACAAGGGGAGGCAACAAGGUGGUGGAUGAGCUCAAGCCCAAAGGUGCGUCGUCAAGUCAGAGCGGCAGCGCCGCCGCCGCCGCCACUGCCAAGAGGAUGGCGGGGAGCUCCAAGAUGAGGGUCAUCCCGAGCCGCUACAGCCUCACUCCUGGCGCUUCCCUUGGAAGCAGUGGAGCACAGGAGAGGCGACGCAAGCAGUCUCUCCCAGGAUCAUCAGGGGAUGCGAACCAGAAUGAGGAAAUCAGAGCGAAGGUCAUCGAGCCUUCCAAUGAUCCACUCUCUCCUCAAACGAUAUCCAAGGUUGCUGAAAUGCUCCCAAAGAUCAGGACCAUGCCGCCUCCUGACGAGAGCCCUCGCGAUUCCGGAUGCGCCAAGCGGGUUGCCGAAUUGGUCGGGAAGCGCUCGUUCUUCACGGCUGCAGCCGAGGACGGGCGGGCGCUCGACGUCGAAGCACCCGAGGCGGUCGCAGAAGCUUGAGAUGAACCACCAUGGUUUGAUCCGUUCCUUCCAUCAGCUCAGCUCCGUCUUCUUCUUGAGUGUUCAAGGUGCCUGCUUAUCUUGAGCUAGCAUUCGAGUGAGGCUUUUCUUUUUGCAGGGGCGUGUUGCAUAAAUGGUCCGGCUACUGUUACAUUCAUAUCUCAUGGUCUGGUUCCUCUUUCUUUCUUUUUUUUUUGUUUCUUUUGUCAAGGCCUUCCUAUGCUAGUCAAUGUGUGAAAAGAGAUAGUAGUAGUGAUGAGUCCAUUCUAUGGUUUCUUGUUUUGGAAUUGUAAGUGUGCUCUUUGGUUUGAGACUUCGAGUAAGUACAGGAUUCAUGGUGUGGUUAAGUCAAUAAGUGGCUUACUGAUUUCCCUACAUUUUGUCUUUAGCUGCUUCCUUGUGUGUUGGGACAGCAAGAAACAACUAUCCAGUGACAAACUGACACCUCUAUUUUUUCCUCAUAAAUUUGUUUGGCUCCAGUAUAGUAAGUUCAAAAUUUAGCUGCCCAGGGAUGAUAAGGGUGAUAAAAUGCAUAAAUAAGCAUGCUAAUAUGGGACAAUGAGUCCAAACCACUGCAUUUUCAGUCUUGGGGCAUGUAAACUAUCAGUCUAUCACAAAUCAGAUUGGUUGUCAGAUUGUGAGUAAAUUUACAGACUCAAAAUUCAAGCCAAUCUGGUGAAUUUUGGCCCACAAACAGAAGCCUGGAUCAGUCGUUGCUGGAGAUUCACGUGCUAAUCUUAAAAGUAUCACGGGAUGAACGCCUGUAUCGAAAGAUAGGAGAAGGAAACAAGCAAAUUGGUGGAUAGGACAACCUGUUCUUUGUCUCACUAAAUGCUGAUCAUUGUUUGCUAGUAUGAAAGAGAUAUCAGUGUUAUAAAUGUUA